GAUAAAGGGUUAAGAGGGAAGACCACCUUUAAAAUGGGAACUUGAGCUUUGAGAAGGAAGGAAAUUCAUUAAAAAAAUGGAAGCAAUUCCUCAUUCAGUAGUGGUUUCCCGCCAUUUCUCUCAAAACUCUACUUUAAAUCGAAGCUUCAGCAAACAGAAAAGUGCGAUUAAAUCGACCAAAUUUUGCUCUUCUUUGACUGGUUCGAGUGUUUCAAUCGGAAACUCUUCAAAGAAUCUUUUCACGAGAGAGAUAUGGGGUUGGGUGAAUUCAAAGAGCAGCACAACCAUUAAAAGAGCAGAGCGCGGUGUUGUUAAGGCAGAAAUGUUUGGGCAGCUAACAAGUGGACUUGAAUCAGCAUGGAACAAACUUAAAGGGGAAGAGGUUUUGACUAAGGAUAAUAUCGUCGAACCUAUGCGAGAAAUUAGGAGAGCUUUACUUGAAGCAGAUGUAAGUUUGCCAGUAGUAAGAAGGUUUGUACAAGCUGUAAGUGAACAAGCUGUUGGUGUUGGGUUGAUUCGCGGGGUUAAACCAGAUCAACAAUUAGUCAAGAUAGUACACAGUGAGCUUGUGAAACUGAUGGGUGGAGAGGUAUCUGAGCUGAAUUUUGCGAAAUCUGGGACGACUGUGAUACUAUUGGCAGGUCUACAAGGUGUCGGCAAGACAACUGUCUGUGCAAAGUUAUCCUAUUAUCUUAAGAAACAGGGAAAGAGUUCCAUGCUGGUUGCUGCAGAUGUGUACAGGCCCGCUGCUAUCGACCAACUUGUUAUAUUGGGUGAACAGGUAGGUGUGCCUGUUUAUACAGCUGGAAAUGACGUAAAGCCAUCCGAGAUAGCUCGACGAGGUCUAGAAGAGGCCAACAAGAAGAAGAUGGAUGUAGUCAUAGUUGACACUGCCGGAAGACUUCAGAUAGACAAAUCUAUGAUGGAAGAAUUGAAGGAAGUGAAGCGGGCAUUGAACCCCACAGAAGUAUUGCUCGUGGUAGACGCCAUGACAGGGCAAGAAGCAGCAGCCUUGGUCACAACAUUCAAUCUCGAGAUAGGUAUUACUGGUGCUAUACUCACAAAGCUUGAUGGUGAUUCAAGAGGUGGAGCUGCUCUGAGUGUUAGAGAGGUAUCAGGAAAGCCAAUCAAGCUAGUAGGGCGAGGAGAACGUAUGGAAGAUCUGGAACCUUUCUAUCCAGAUCGUAUGGCUGGACGUAUUUUAGGAAUGGGUGAUGUUCUGUCAUUUGUUGAGAAGGCACAAGAAGUUAUGAAACAAGAAGAUGCCGAGGAAUUGCAAAAAAAAAUUAUGAGUGCAAAGUUUGACUUCAAUGACUUUCUAAAGCAAACACGUUCAGUUGCCCGGAUGGGUUCUAUGACGCGUGUAAUGGGAAUGAUUCCAGGCAUGGGAAAGGUGACUCCUGCCCAAAUUCGAGAUGCUGAGAAGAGCUUGAAGAUAAUGGAAUCUAUGAUUGAAGUCAUGACACCUGAGGAAAGAGAAAAGCCUGAACUGCUAGCGGAAUCCCCUGCGCUGAGAAAGAGAAUCGCCAAAGAUUCUGGUAAAACAGAGCAACAAGUAAGUCAGCUCGUUGCUCAGCUUUUCCAAAUGCGUAUCCGCAUGAAAAAUCUAAUGGGAGUCAUGGAAGGUCAAGAAGGAUCCAUUCCUGCACUGAGUGGCCUUGAAGAAGCACUAAAAGCUGAAACAAAGGCACCCCCUGGUACUGCAAGAAGGAAGAGGAAAUCAGACUCUAGGAAACAAUUUGCAGGUACAUCAGACACAAGGCCAAGCCCACGGGGUUUCGGAUCCAAAUGAUAGCUAAACCAUCAAAGGGUAAAACUACUAAAACACCAUGAUCCUACAAUGACGAGUGCUCCUCCAGCCUGCCGCUGGAUCAGGAUGAAUCAACAUUUUUGAUUGUAUAUCUCAGUACGUCACACGUAAGAAAGAGUGGCCGGAAAUUGUUUUGUACCAGAACUUCCUCUUGUAAUUUGUAAGUCACGGAUGAAUGCUUUCAGACUCACAUGACAUGAUACAGAACUUGCAUUUUCUAUCACUCACUACAGUAAUCUGUUUAGGUUUGUGCCUCCAAAUCAAAACUAUUUUUGUGACUUUUUUUCUUUUUUGUUGUCGACUUUCUCUAUUUUUUGCUUCAACUAAUUAUCCCCUCAACACUUACAAUACUACCCUCGAGUCGACCUCGGGGAUAUUUUCAUGUACACCCAAGGCCCAAGACAGAACAUAGACUUCAUUCCGGGAAUAUACAGUAAAGGUCACUUUCGACUUUCCAAAGAUUCCACAUGUGUUGGCAUAUCCAACGGUCCAUAAGCAUUCUAAAGAUUUCUUGAGAUAAUGUAAACACGUGGUAAUCGGUGGUAACCGGCAUGUGUCUAUUUACAUGGCUUUUCCUUUUCUUCUCAUUUCACCGUAACAAUCUCAACAGCAAAGAAGAAGAACAGUUCAACUUCGCAACCAUUAAACCCUUUCUAGGAAGCUAUCAAUUUCUCUACUGUUCAAGAUGUCAAACCCAGAGCCAGUAAUAAGUGAUGGAGCUGCAGAUGCCAAAUUUCCUGAAGCUGAUGUAGAAGCAGAAUUGCAUCCAGGCAACACUGAUGGCAGUCUGCAGGAGGAUUCUGUCUCUGCACAACUAACUACCUCUAAGGAAAUCAAGGAACAAGCUGAGGUGGAGGGGAAGAAAGACGAAGGGAAGAAAGAGGAUGCAAUACAUAAGGUGACAUCUACUGUUAUCAUCUCCGGUGUGAUUGUAGCAGUGAUUGGAGCCAUUUUUGCAGUGGCCAAGAAAUUGAGAGAGAAUUAAAGAAAGAAAAUCUUCUCCUGACAUUCAUUCUUCUGUUACUUUUAAUGGUGUUUUUUUUAAUUGGAUGAUGACUAUUGUUGUUCUUAUGGUAGAAUUUGUAGUGUUUUUUUUUUUUUUUUUCAAGUACUCACCAGAUUUCCUUAAUUUUAAGUUGGUUUUAAUUGUAACAAAAGUAAGAUGCACCCUCUGUCUCACUUGAAUAUCCUCUAGUGAAUGCAUGGCUCAUUCAUCCA